AUGGAGAGCAUCGCGCACAUUCCCGUCCGUGUCGUCGCGCACUCGCACCGCCCACCUCCCCUUGGUUAUCCGCACCGCCUUCGCGCAGUCUUGCCUUGUCCGCAACCCCCCCGCGCUCUCCGCGUGACACACGGCUGCUUUCGGUCCGUAGCCUCGUCCGUUGCGCGCGCCGCCCCAUCCCCGCCCCCGCCUGACGUCACGAGCAGCGCGGGUUUGCGCGAGCGCGGGGACUCGGCGGGUGGAGGCAGAAGGUGGUUGAAGCAGGGCGGGGAGCGCGGAGGGGCGGGUGGGAACGUGCGACGACGGCGGGGCGGCGAGCGCGGAAGAGUGGUGUUGAAGCGCGGAUGCACGUGGGAAGGGAAGCGGGGAUGGGCACAAAGGGGGAUGGGCAGCGGAGGGGGUGCUGACAGUCGUGCUGUGCUGGCACCCGUGGCAGCACAGUCAGCACAGGCGGCAAAAGGCGCUGCUGCUGCAAUCUCCGCGCAUCCCUCGCAGCAAGCAUGCCCUCCCACCCUCUCAUGCUCCCACCCUCCACCCUCCCAACCCUCCACUCUCCCACGCUCCCACCCUCCCACCCUCCCACCACUGACCACGCCACCAGCUCGUGGUUCCGCCAGCAUGCACCGCCUAGCUCCCCUCUGCUCGUACCAUCUGUGCCCUCCAAGCGCCGUGCGGCCCGCCUGCUCGUCACUCCCUCUCUCCUUCGUCUUCCUUCCUCAUCGCUGUGGACUGCACUGCAUGCAUGCAUGGCACCCACAGAGUGGACAGGAUUGCUUGCUCGCGCUGCUUGGCAUGGACAUGGAGUUCCCACCCACGCUCUCACUUUCUCAAAAAUCGCUCGAUUCAAUGCCUGCCUACCAGUCAGGCGGGGAUUGGGAGAUUGAGGAAUGGUGGGAGGGGCGAACGAGGGGUGGAUGGGUGGUGCAUCGAGCAGAGGGUGACACAGGGGUGGCGUAUGGCGCUGGUUCAGAUGUGUUCUCACUCAUUGUUGGGCGUGGUGGCCAAGGAUGUGUUCAUGGUGUCGUACCGUAUCAUGGGGGCCCACUGGAUGAUGACGCGAGCACGCUCACACUGCGCCCACGCUCACGCACAACGCCCUCAACUACCCUCUCGCGGCCAGACAUUGAAGCACAGAAGAGCUAUUAG